ACAUAAAAAACAAGAAAAAAAUUUGAACCAUGAGUUAAUGGGCCCAUAACAAAGGACUCUUAUAGUGAUAGUAGAACUUCAAAAUCCCGUUGGAGAAGUCCUUCCAGCAAUAAUCAGAAAGCGGUGCCACGUGUGAUAAAGAAAAGUGAUUGGCUGAGACUGUGGUGAGAAUUGCAGCAAUGGCCACAGGAUUUGCAUCUUCCUUAAUCUCAUCUUCCCCACACAUUACAACCUUUCUUUCUUCUUCUUCUUCUUCUUCUUCUUCUCUGCACUCAUACCACCCUCUCAGAACAACCACUCUUCCAUCUCUCUCAUCAAACUUCCCCAUCACAACCCCAUUCAAAAAAUCCAUCCUUUUUCACAACCCACUCCGACCCAUUAUUCUUCUUCCUCCUCCUCCUGCCGCCGCCGCCGAAGAUGUUAUCUCUACGGCGGAAACCACGGCGGCUGCUGUGGAGAAGUUGUACCCAACCACCGAUCAAGGGGUGGCCACUGUCGUAUCCGCGCUUUUCUUUUUGGCUUUCCUUGGCCUAUCCGCCAUCACUAUUGGGGUGAUUUAUCUAGCAGUGGUGGAUUUCCUGCAGAAGAGAGAGAAGGAGAAGUUUGAGAAGGAAGAAGCAAGUAAAAAGGGGAAGAAGAAGAAAAAGAAGGUGGUGGGAAGAGCCAGAGCUGGACCCAGAGGAUUUGGGCAAAAGGUUGUGGAAGAGGAUGAAGAGAAAGAUGAUUAAGAUAAGAACCAAUUUCAGGUCAUCUUUCCUUGCUUUCAAAUCCAAUUUUACUGUCACCUUUUUAAGUUUUCACUGUUUUCAAACCAGACAUGUUUUAACAGUGGAUAGUGAGUAAUUUACGAUGUUGUCGGAUUAUUAGUUAAAGAAAUUCAUUGCAACAUAGGAAAUGUUGGAUUGGAUUGGCCUUUCAUUUGUCCUUAUUGUUCAUUAUUGGCUUUUAUUUGAAUUUAAUUCGAUGAA